UUUAUUUGAAGUGAAAAAGCCGGGAGAUUCUGGGAUUAAUCCUCUGGAUAUCAUUGCUGCCAUUUUCCUCUGUGCUGACCACUCUCUCCAGCAGGAACUGAUGCUGAAGAUGUCUCUGUGCCAACUUGCAUUACCCUUUCUGCUGCCGGAAGGGCACAGUUACACCAGGGACAAGGUGAGGGAACCCUCUGGUGCCAGCCUUCUCCUCUGGGCCAUGAGGCCCAUUGUUAAAAUGUGGUGCCCACAAUCUCCCACAGGGAACAGCCCCGUUGUGGAGAUGCCCAUCGUGACGGCAACCAUGCCAACGGUCUCCUUCCUCAGACUCGGAAGGUGCACUGUGUCCAAAUCCAGAGUCCUCAAUCUCACCUUGAGCCAGACCCAGCUGCAGCAGAACAUCUUCCUGCACUCCGGGAUGGAAUGUGGGAAUGUGCCCCAUGGGAUAUCGGAUGGGAUGGCUGAGAUCAGCUGGUAUCUACCUUCUGGGAAGAGCAACACGGACAUUUUCCCGGAGGCUGCUGCAUUCAUCAACCUCCGAGGUGAUGCUGAAACUUACCAGGGACACACUCGGUUUCUGGCAAAAGUCUCUGCUGCUCUCUUUAUUUUCAUUGACGUUAUCGGUGAGAAGGAAAGAGAAUUCCUCACCUCUCUCGCACAGUCACCGGCAAAACUCUUUCUGAUAGUGAACACUUACAUCAGUCAGCAACACAUCAUCCCUGAGCAGGUAAAGAAACUGUUCAAAGAUCUGAAGUUACAAUCUCAACAAUGCAUUGUUCGGGCAAAUGUAAACGAGGCCAAACUUGUGGAAGAACUUCAAUCUCUGAUAAAACAAGUGAUUCUAGUGAUGGACGGGGACCAGAGCUUCCUGAGUCUGGAACAAAUGGGUGACAUUGCGAGAGAAAGUGGGAUUCAGGUCGAUGAACAUCAGCCUGAAAUACAACGGGACAAGGACCUGACGUCCAAACCACAGAGAGAGGCCGACCAUGGAGACGGUUGUGGAUCAGAGGAUCCAUCUCACCGGCAUUCACCAGGUCUCCCACAGGGAAUGGCUGGUGAUCCACCAGAUGGAAAUAACUUUACAAAGUUACAACCACAACAAUGUGUUUUUCAGACAAAUGUAAGUGAGGCAACACUUGUAGAAAAAUUUAAUUCUCCGAUACAACAAGUAACAUGGAUGAGGGACAGGGAUCAGAGCUUCCUGAGUCUGGAGCAAACGGGUGACAUUGUGAGGGAAAGUGGGAUUCAUGUGAAUGAACAUCAUCCUGAAAUACAACAGGCCAAGGACCUGACGUCCAAACCACAGAGAGAGGCUGACCCUGGAGACAGUUGGGGAUCAGAGGAUCCAUCUCACUGGCAUUCACCGGGUCUCCCAGAGGGAAUGAUUGGUGUUUCACCAGAUGGAAAUAACCAAUCUGGAAAUCGGAGCCCUCCACAACUUGUGAGGGAUUUGGGUUUACAGGAUCAUUAUCCUCACAAACUUUCACUAACGUCCAUGUGGGAGAUAUCCUCGGAGAAACUAGAUGACAACAAACCAACUGGACCAGAAGAUCUUCCUUGGCGAUUUCUCCAAAUGAUCCUCUCAGCUAAUUCACUGGCGAGGAAUCCUGAAUGGCCCCCUGAUCAUUCCUUGGAAGACAAGAAAGAUGAUGUUGAAGAUUUCAACGAUUUAUUUGAAGUGAAAAAGCCGGGAGAUUCUGGGAUUAAUCCUCUGGAUAUCAUUGCUGCCAUUUUCCUCUGUGCUGACCACUCUCUCCAGCAGGAACUGAUGCUGAAGAUGUCUCUGUGCCAACUUGCAUUACCCUUUCUGCUGCCGGAAGGGCACAGUUACCCCAGGGACAAGGUGAGGGGACCCAUGGAAGGGCCUGGUGCCACCCUUCUCCUCUGGGCCAUGAGGCCCAUUGUUAAAAUGUGGUGCCCACAAUCUCCCACAGGGAACAGCCCCGUUGUGGAGAUGCCCAUCGUGACAGCACCCGUGCCAACUGUCUCCUUCCUGAGACUCGGAAGAUGCACGAUGUCCAAAUCCAGAUUCCUCAAUCUCACCUUGAGCAAGACCCAGCUGCAGCAGAACAUCUUCCUGCACUCCGGGAUGGAAUGUGGGAAUGUGCCCCGUGGGAUAUCGGAUGGGAUGGUUGAGAUCAGCUGGUAUCUACCUUCUGGGAAGAGCAACACGGACAUUUUCCCGGAGGCUGCUGCAUUCAUCAACCUCCGAGGUGACGCUGAAACUUACCAGGGACACACUCGGUUUCUGGCAAAAGUCUCUGCUGCUCUCUUUAUUUUCAUUGACGUUAUCGGUGAGAAGGAAAGAGAAUUCCUCACCUCUCUCGCACAGUCACCAGCAAAACUCUUUCUGAUAGUGAACGCUCACAUCAGUCAGCAACACAUCACCCCUGAGCAGGUAAAGAAACUGUUCAAAGAUCUGAAGUUACAAUCUCAACAAUGCAUUGUUCGGACAAAUGUAAACGAGGCCAAACUUGUGGAAAAACUUCGUUUUCAGGUAAAACAAGUGAUUCUAAUGAGUGACGGGGACCAGAGCUUCCUGAGUCUGGAACAAAUGGGUGACAUUGCGAGAGAAAGUGGGAUUCAGGUCGAUGAACAUCAGCCUGAAAUACAACGGGCCAAGGACCUGACCAAAAUACUGGGCAGUCUUGACCCUGCAGACAUCACUGGGUAUAAAAAGAGAGUGCUGCCCUUUCAUGGAGAGCCCUGGCAAGGGCUGUCUAAAGUUGAGAAAGAGAAGUCUCGGAUGAAACUCCGCAGGGACAGAACCACAGAGAAGUAUAACCAUGAGCUGGACCAAGAGAAGAAAAUAAUCCGGGAAGCUCAGCUCAGACAGAGCCUGUCGGAGGAGAUGCGGAUAUUCAUUGACCACCUCACCUGUCCUGGUGGGGAUGACAGUGCCAUUUCCUUGCAGUGGUUGAAGCUGAUGCUGGACAGUAAAUCAAGGGAAAUCAUGGCAGGAUUGUGCAGGGAUUAUAAAGAACUGAGCAAACUCUCAAAGCAGAAAGUCAAGGAGCUGAAGGACAUGGAUCAGAAGAUGACUGAUAGUUCCCUGGGACUUGAGCACUUCAUGAGGGAACUGGGUCAGGUUUAUGAACUCUCAGUGACACAACACAACAUCAAGCAACAAACACAGAUUCACCCACAUGUGCUUCAGUUACCGGGUGUUGCUGCUGAACUGUUGCUGGAUGGGUUCCCACUGGAGCUCAUUGAUGGAGACGUCUCCAACGUUCCUGUUUCAUGGAUCACUGCUGUACUGGAAGCAGUGGCCGAGAAGGUGGGACGUGCUUCCAGAGUGUUUGUGCUGACAGUGAUUGGAGUUCAGAGCACAGGCAAGUCCACGCUCCUCAAUACAAUGUUCUGUUUGCGGUUUGCUGUGAGCAGCGGCCGAUGUACUCGAGGGGCCUACAUGCAGCUGAUGAAGGUCACAGGGAACCUGGCGGAGGAGCUGGGCUGUGACUUCAUCCUGGUCAUUGACACGGAGGGGCUGAGAGCUCCAGAACUUGCAACACUAACAGACAGCUACGAACACGACAAUGAGCUGGCAACAUUCGUGGUGGGAUUAAGCAACAUAACGUUGGUAAACAUAGGCAUGGAAAACAUCGCAGAGAUGAAAGAUAUUUUACAGAUUGUUGUUCAUUCCUUACUCCGCAUGAAACUGACGGGGAAAAGACCAAAGUGUAUAUUUGUCCACCAGAAUGUUGGAGAUGUGAGUGCACAUGAUCACAAUCUGAGAGGCCGUCAGAAACUACUGGAACAGCUGGAUAAGAUGACAGAGGCUGCAGCAAAACUGGAGAAGGUGGAUGGAGUUAUGUUCCGUGAUGUGAUGGACUAUGAUGCUGACAAGGACAACUGGUACAUCCCUGGUCUGUGGCAAGGUACACCCCCAAUGGCUGCCGUCAACACUGGCUACAGUGAACACGUCUUCCAACUGAAGAAGAGUCUCAUUCAAUGUUUACUCAAAGGGAAACCAGACCAAGGAGCUUUCACAAUCCCAGACUUUACCAAAUGGAUGACUGGCCUUUGGGAGCAGGUGAAACAUGAGAAUUUCAUUUUCAGCUUCCAGAACAGUCUGUUCGCAGAGGCUUACAAUCAGCUCUCUGUGAAGUACAAGGGCUGGGAGUGGGAGCUCCGCAAAUUCACACAUUCCUGGGGAAACGAGGCUGAAAACAGAGUAAACAAUGCCAGUGGUGACCUCAACCUACUGCUCCAAAUACUGGAACGUGAGAUCAGGACGGAGAUUAACAAAAGGGAGGCUGAGACUCUGGAUAAACUAAAAGCUCUGUUUGAAAGUGGGGCUGAUAACAUGCAGCUGAUGGAGAAAUACAGGGAGGAAUUCAAGCUCAGUAUCUCCAGUUUAUGCAGACGGCUUCAGGAUGAUUCAAUGCAUAGAUGUAGGGAUGCCGUGAACAGACGUGUGGGACUGCAGGAAGUGGAUGAUAUUUGGAAUCAAUGUCACAAGAAGAUCGAACACCAGGUCAAGGAGCUUUUAUUAAAGUGUAAAGGGGCAAAUCAGGUGUUGGAUGACAAGGAACUGCAAACUGCCUUUGGAGAGAUGUGGCAAGACACACUGUCACAGCUGGACUAUCAGCCCUGUAGAGAAAGAAACAUCGAACUGGAGAUUGAAAAUCUUCUCAGAGACAACACAGCAACUCAAGGGAGGGUGAUUAAUAAAAUGCUAAAAAGAAAACCUCUCUAUAAACAGGGAACCCAGUGCUUUCAAAUUGAAAGGAAACACAUCAACACGACAUGGAAGAGACGUGCUAACACAGUCAGUAUGUCCGUCAACCAAUCAGAUGUUAUUCAGGCAGCAAUGAUAACACAGUCCCUCGAGGAUCAAUGCCAUCAAUGGAUCAGUGACAUCACAAAAAUGGACAUGGAUUAUGACAUUAGAUAUUGUAUUGAACUUUUGCAUAUUGUAGAGGAGAAAAUUAACAAUAUUUCACACCCAAACUUCACAAUGAGUGAGGAAUUCAGGGCUGAGUUUAAACUUCACCUGUGUGGUUACGCUGUACCAAGAUUCCAAGAGAUGCAGACGAGGUUCAUCCAGAAACAUGACCCGCGGCAAAGACUGGAAAACAUGAAGGGUCAAUACUUUCAUCUCUUCAGGGAUAUUUACACAGAACAGGAUGAGAACCAGAGACAAGCAGAACGGUUUGCACAAUCUUGUUUCUUGCCAGCUCUCAGAGACGCCACCCUCAAGGCUCUCAGUGUGAACAUCGUGGAUGAUAUGAAAGAAAAUGACCCAGAGAGCAAGUACAGUCUCCGCAACAACUUCACUGUGGCCCUCCUGGUGCACUUGAAACAAAGGGAUACAUUUGAUGACUAUCACCGGUAUAUCACUGACCUUGAGAAUUCGGCCAAAGACUGGCUCCAUCACCAGGUUAUUGAACACUGCAAGACACAACGUGAUGGAGAGAUCACGUUUACCCGUCUGGCUAAAGGAAUCCUCACACAGAUCACUGAGCAAGCUAAAGAGAUUGUUGAGGAUGCAGUGAAGCAGAACUUUGCUGGAAAUGUUCAGAGCUUUCUGGACAUGUUUGUUGAUAAGUUAAAGGACAGGAUCUCAAUGCCCAAAGAUGAAAUGAAACUUGUUCUGUUUCACAGUGACGGUGAUGGCAAGAAAUGGGCAGAAGCAGUUCUGCCAUCAAUUGAAGAGGUGGAGCAGAGACUCCUCAGUGAGGUAACAAGCUGGGAUGUCCAAGCAAAGAUUGAAGAAUUAUCCAUUAGACCGAGGGAUGAGCUGUUCAAAGGGUUAUUCAAUUGUACCAAGAAAUGUCCUCUCUGUGGGGUUUUCUGUGAUUCAGAGACCCCGGUACACUCACAGCACUCUUGUAAGCAGCACAGACCUGAAGGACUCAAUGGCUAUCGCUUCAUAGAAAGUAAACAUCUUGUAACUGACGUCUGCACAGCUUCAGUCGCAGGUAAUGGAAGGUUUAAAAAUAACGACACAAAUUGGGAAUUGAAACCCUACAAGGAUUACCAAACUGUCAAUGAUUACUACAAAUCCUGGAUCAUCCAACGGGAAAUUUCCGCACAGGCAGCAUCCUAUUGGAAGAAGGUUUUCUACACUUUCAAUGAGCAGUUUGCUGAAAAAUACAAAGCAAAACCUGCAGAGAUCGAUGAAGCCUGGAACAUUGACUGGGAUGUAGUGAGGGGAGAUCUGAAUAAGACGUAUAACACAAACAUUCAGUCUUGGUGAGGUGCCUCUACAUGACAUCACUCAGUUAGACGUAGAAAUGGUCUACUUCCCUAUAAAAGAAAUGGCAGAGAAAAUCACACAACAUUAAAAUUCUACUCUGAUUAUAAAUCAUAAAACAAUUAGCAGAGCAGAGAGUUUCAACCAAUUGCUUAUUAAAAUUGCUUUUUCAGAAAUAACCAAAAAGGUUGAGGGCAAAGCUGUAGACUUUGUCUGUAUGGACGUCAGGAAACCUUUGAUAAGAUUCCGCAUAGUGGCUGCUCAAGAAGGUUAGAUCGCAUGGAUCCAGGGAGAGCCAGCUGACUGGACAGAGAAUUGGCUUCAUGGAAGGAAGCAGAGGUGGUGGUGGAAUGUUGUUUUAUGGACCAGCGGCCUGUGACUAGUGAUGUGCCCCAGAGAUCCGUGUUGUUUGUGGUUUAUAAGAACAUAGAACAGGACAACACAGGAACGGGCCCUUCAGCCCACAAUGUUUGUGCCAAACAUGGAACCUAGCUACACUGAUUUUAUCUGCCUCCAUAACCCUGCAUUUCCUGCUAAUCCAUGUGCCUAUUUAACAGCUUCUUAAACAUCACUAUCGUAUCUGCCUCCACCAGCACCCCUGGCAAUACGUUCCAGCUACUCACCACCCUCUGUGUAAAAAUAACUUGCCCCACAUCUCUAUUAUAUUUCCCCCUGUUGCCUUGUAGCUACGCCCUCUGGGGUUGGACAUUUCCACCCUGGAAAUAUAGUUGUGAUUGUCUACCCUAUCUAUGCCUCUCAUAAUUGUAUAUACUUCCCUUCAACCUCCAACAUUGCAGAGAAAACAAUGGUUUAUUAAUGAUUUGGAUUAGGGGAUUGAAGGCUUUGUGGCCAAGUCUGCAGAUGAUACUAAAAUAGGUGGAGCCCAGCAGUGUAGAGGAAGCAAGGACUCUGCAGAAGGACUUGGACAGGUGAGGAGACUGGACACAGAUGUGGAAGAUGGAAUAUAGUGUAGCAAAGUGCGGAGUCAUGCAUUUUGGGAAUAAGAAUAAAGACUAAGAAUAAGAUUUUUUCUAAAUGGAGAGAGAAUCCAGAAAUCGGAGGUGCAAAGGGACUUGGGAGUGCUGGUGCAGGAUUCCCAUAAAAUUAAAUUGUAGUACGGAAGGCAAAUUCAAUGCUAGCAUUUAUAUCAAGAGGACUGGAAUACAAAAACAGAGGUGUAAUGCUGAGGCUCUGAAACAUGCUGGUCAGGCCGCAUUUGGAAAUUGUGAGCAAAUUUGUCCCCAUAUUUGAGGAAGGAUGUGCUGGCUCUGGAGACGGUCCAGAGGAGGUUUACAAGAUUGAUGUCAGGAAUGAGUGGGUUAGCAUAUGAUGAGCGUUUGACAGCACUGGGCCUCUACUCACUGGAGUUUUUAAGGUUGAGGGCAGGGGGCAUUGAGGGCAGGGGGCAACUUACAGAAUGGUAAAAUGCGUAGAUGGAGUGGAUGUGGAAAGGAUGUUUCCACUGGCGGGAGAGUCUAGGACCAGUAUAGCCUCAGAAUUUAGGGGGGCUCUUUUAGAAAGGUGAGGAGGAACUUCUUCAGUCAGAGGAUAGUUAAUCUGUGGAACUCAUUGCCACAGAGGGCUGUGGAGGCUGUGAGUGGAUAUUUUCAAGGCAGAAAUAGACAGCUUUUUGAUUAGAACGGGUGACAAGCAUUCUGGGGAGAAGGCAGGAAAAUGAGAUUAGGAGGCAGAGAUCAGCCAUGAUUGAAUGGCAGAGUAGACGUGACAGGCCGAAUGGCUUAAUUCUAUAACUUGUGAACUUGUGAAUCCAACAACAUCCAACCUCUCCCUGUAGCUGAAACUCUCUAAUCCAUGCAGCAUUCUGGUAAACCUCCUCUGCAUCCUCUCCAAAGCCUCCACAUCUUUUCUGUAACGGGGUGACCAGAACUACACGCAAUACCACAAAUGUCCAAAUGCCUGAUAUCCUGACUCUUAUAUUCAAUAACCCUAGCAAUGAAGGCAAACAUACCGUAUGUGUUUUUUACCACCCUUUCUACAUAUGCUGCCAUCUUCAGUGAGCUAUGACCUUGGACUCCAAGAUCCCUUUGCACAUUAAUGCUGAUUGAGGAUCUUGCCAUUAACUGUAUACUUUCCUUACAUUCAACCUCUCAAAGUGCAACACCUCACAAAUGCUCAGGUUAAACCUCAUCUGCCAUUUGUCUGCCCAUUUCAAAGCUAAGGAGUUAAUGGUGGACUUUAGGAGGAGAGGAACACCCUGUCCCCUGUCUCCAUCAAUGGUGUGGAUGUGCAGUUUACCAGGGAGCACAAAUAUCUUGGAGCAUACCUGGACAGUAAACUGGACUGGCCCAGGAACGCUGAGGCCCUGUACAAGAAGGGACAGAGCUGGUUGUACAUUUUGAGAAGGCUCCGCUCCUUCAACGUCUGCAGUGAGAUGUUGCAGAUGUUCUAUCAAUUGGUGGUUGCCAGUGCCAUCUUCUUCGCUGCUGUGUGCUGGGGCAACAGGGUGAAGGCUGCAGAUGCCAAUAGGAUCAACAAACUCAUCAGGAAGGCUGGCUCCAUCCUGGAGGUGGAGUUGGAUUCAUGGGUGGUGGUCUUGGAGGGGAGGAUGCUCCUUAAACUGUGGAGCAUCCUGGACAAACACAUUUCUGUAGCUGAUCUUUAUCUCAUUGCAUCUUCUGACAGCCUUCCUUGCUGUCUGCAACUCCUCCAAUGUUGGUGUCGUCAGCAAACUUACUCACAAACCACCCGCAUUUACCUCUAGGUAAUUUUAGUUUAGUUUAGAGAUACAGCACGGAAACAGGUCCUUUGGCCCACUGGGUCCCAACAACCAGCGAUCCCCACACAUUAACACGACCCUACACACACUGUGGACAAUUUUACAUUUAUACCAACCCAAUUAAUGUGUACAUCUUUGGAAUGUGAUAGGAAACUUAAAAUCUUGGAGAAAACCCACGUCGGUCACAGGGAGAACGUACAAACUCCGUACAGACUAGCUCCCAUGUCAGGAUCUAACCCAGGUCUCUGGGGCUGUAAGGCAGUAGCUCUACCACUACACCAUCAAGCCGCCCUUAUUUAUAUGGAUCACAAACAGCAGAGGUCCCAGCACAGAUCCCUACGGAACUCCACUUGUCACAGACCUCAUGUCGGAAUAUCUACCUUCCACCACAACCCUCUGAAUAGGCCAGUUUUGAAUCCAUACGACCAAGUCACGGUGAAUACAUGCAUCUGAAUCUUCUGGAUCAGCCUACCAUGAGGAACCUUAUCAAAAGCCUUACUAAAAUCCAAGUAUACAACAUCCACUGCCCUGUUUUAUGUUUAACUUUAGUUUUGUAUUAUGUGGGAGAAUGUUUUUCAUCUCUCCUCAACGGAUCUCCAUGUACACACUGCAGCCUAACAUGGUGGAGCUGGCCGCCUCUUGCUGGAGACCGUCUUUGGGAGCUCUAACUGCGGGAGCCUGCGGACUUAACAUCGCGAUGCUUGUGAUUCCUGUCAGGAAUUAACCUCGGAAGCUCCAACUGCCGGAGCCUGUGGACUUUAACAUCGUGAGCUCAUGCUCCGUAGUUAGGGGCCGACUUAGGGAGCUCCAAGACGCAGGAGCUUCGACUGCCCUAACGUGAGAGUUUCGAUCACUGGCUGCAGGACCUUCAAUUGCCCCAACACUGGAUGGUUCGACUCCCCCACCGCGGGAGAAAAAGAGAAAGGAAGAUAAGACUUUAUUGCCUUCCAUCACAGUGGGGAAUAUGGAGGAGCCGCUGUGGUGGAUGUUUAUGCCAAAUUUUAUGUAGUUGUGUGUCUUGUUGCUUUUUAUUGGUAUGACUAUGGCAAAUCAAAUUCCUCGUAUGUUGCAAAACAUAGUUGGCUCAUAAAUUACGAAUAUGACUAUGAUUACAAAGCCAUGUUGAUUAUCCCUAAUUAGCCCAUUCUCUUCAAAAUGAAAAUAAAUCCUAUCUCAAUGAAUUUUCUCAAAUAGUUUGCCGAAGACUCACAGGCCUAGAGUUCCCUGAGUUCUCUCUACUACCUUUCUUAAACUCCCACCCUUUCAUUCCAACUCUCCUCAUCCUUACCCCAACCACCCCUUUUCUCCCACUCACAUACCCUCACUGCCCGUCCCCUCCUCACUCUCCCUCUCUCACUCACUCUCUCCCUCCCCUCAUUCCCUCCCUCACUCCUUCAUUACAAUAGUGCACAGUGUCAUUCAAUGGAGCUUGGAAAGAAAUGAUAUUUUAAAUAGUGCAAUCGUGCUUUAUUUGUCACGUAUACAACUGCACAAUAAAAUUCAUUUUGCAUUAUUACACGUGGUCAUCCUGUGAGCU